GAAGACAGCUGUUUGCUAAGAACACAAAGUGAUUUUUGUAUUUUUGUAUAUUUUUCUAAACAAUUUCUUUAAAUCGCGGCUAAUGCAGUUAUAGAACUUCAGGUUUAUCUUAUAAGCAGAAACUUGGCUUGGCCAACACCAGAAAGUACAAAAAAGGAAGCCGGUUAAAUGUUGCCUUAAGCAACAAAAUAACAAAUGAAAUAUAUUAUAGUAUGAAAAGAUUUAUGACAUUGUUAUGAAUAUUGUUAAAUGUUGACGCCAUCAUGAGUACCAAAAAAACAAUAAAAAAUGCCCCAGCGGCAGCAGCAUCUAAUGCGGCACCGAGCAUUAGCCCCAAUAGCAAUAAAGGAAAAUUUGGCGCCGGAUCGGGACCAAGUUCAAAUAAUGCUAAUCCAAAUAAAAACAUUAAAAACUGCCACAUACAAACCAGUGAACGAGUUAAGGGAACUACUGCCCAAUUUAAUAGAGACAAAACCACCAAUCCAAAAACACCAAGAAGCGAUUGUAGAGAGGAAAGGCUUGGAGUUGUUUCAAGACCAUCAGUAAUCACCACUGCAUCGGCAGCUGUGCCUUCUCAGGAUCAUAAUAGUAAUAGAGGAAGAAGUGGAGGUGGCAACGGAGGAGGAUCUGGGCCACCACCAUCCAAUUCCAGUAGAUACCCAACGGAUUCUUCUCAGGGAAAUAACUUUAACCGAGGGCCAGAACAACCCACAAAUGUUAACUCCAACAACAACAGAAACUGGCGCCAAAUGAAUUCAACGAAAUAUAAUUCCAAACCCUGGCAAAACGGUCCAAGCCAAGCCAAGAGGCAACUGAAGCUGUCGUAUUAUCAAAGAGUAUAA